CUCUCCCUCUCCCUCUCUCUCUCCCCCCUUCUCUCCCUUUCUCUCCCACCUCUCAUUUGCCAGUACCAGAACUCUGGCAACCAACUAGAGCAUUGUGUCUUCUUGGCGAAGAGAGAGAGAGAGCGAGGGAUGGGAUAGACAGGACAGUGAAAGACGGAGAAAGAAGGGGAGAGAAGUGAGAGUGACAUAUGGGCAGGGGGGGAUGGCAGAGACCAUCCACCUCCACGCUUUGAGCGUGUCUUCGUUCAAAGGAGCAACUUUCCAGCAAAAUACAAACAUGGAUUCACCUGAGUGCCAGGAGACCUUCGAGGGGCGUCAGACAGUUUGGUUCCAAUUCUGACCCAGAAGCUGACAGACGGACGCUGACAGGAGCUGCAGUUGAGUGCGAGCGACCUGAAGGAGGAGGGAGCAGACGUCAAACACUGAGCAGAUACAACAUGUGCGUUCACAGACCACUUCAACUCUGACGGAUUCUGCGUGACAGGCAGACAGACGAGUCGCACUGGAUUUCACAAUGUAUCUCAGACCCUUUGAUAUCAAUCCAAUCUUCGACAACCUGCGACGUUUUGAAUCCUAAAAAGGAUUUUGACUCACAUCCUCACAAUACACUCAGACAGAUAGACAGACUCAUUAAGAGCUUCCACUGGAGACCUAUUCAAAACCCAGAAUUUGCCACUCAGGAUGUACUGUAAGAAAAAUACAGACAUCCAGUUCACGUCAAACUGCACACUGGAGACGAAAGCACAAAAGUAGUCUUUUAUUCCAGACUGAAAAGCAUUUGUUUAGCCGUAUGUUACUAAGUGAAUAAAUACAGUCUCACAUUCACUUUACAGUUACAGUUGCACAACAGCCUUAAAAUGUGUGAAAAAUGGGUAGCAACUUUAUAAUAAUGUGGUUUUUGGGCAGGCGUUACCGAUUCUGAAUCAGAGGUUUAAAGACAGAGGGUGUCAUAUGCUGUAGAGAGUGUUACAAAGCUUUACGAAGCCCUUUGAGGCAGAUUUGUAAUUUGUGAUAUUGGGCUGUAAAAAUAAAAUCAGACCUGGAUCAGAGGACAACAGAUAAUCUAUAGAUCGCAUGCUGACCCUGGCUACAAUAAGAGAAACCGAUGGAUUUCAGUUCAGAAAACAUACAUUUUAUGUGAAGUAGCAAAACAAAAACAUUGCAUCUGCAGAGGGGCAGAACAAAGGAAGAUAAAUUAAAGACUUCUAAAUCCCCUCUACGGAAAAUAGUCAUAUACUUGGCUAGGAAAGGUUUAAAGGGUUCUGUAUGAGUAGCUGCAGGUGGUGGACAUGAACACAUUACUGACCUUCAAACUCAUAUAAAAACAUCACAGGGACCAGAAGCACACGUUGGGCAGCUGAGAGGAACAAGAGUUUGACAGUGACAGUUUCCUCCAGAGACUUCCUCACUAUGAUGGAGAAGCUGAACCCCACAGGCCCACCUGCCUCACCUCACGAGCUACCUCGCUCAUCUUCCUCCUCCUCCGCGUCUUCACCAUCCUGUGCGUCCGUGGAGCAGCACAGUCCCCUCCAGAGCCAGAGUUUAGCAUCCUCUGAGGCUACCAGCAGCCCGCGUCCUCCUAACAAGUCAGGGCACAAGGGACGCACGGACGUCCCCACUGCCGGCUCGAUUCAGUCCCCCAUCACCUCGACGACUGCACCGACCAAUCACCAGGCGGACACAGCUGCUGCACCUGAGCUCGUCGUCAUGGAGAUGGAGAAGAAGGAAGAGGAAACACGAGGGAGGCCCAAGAGCACCACCGCCCCUGCUGCUUCAACCAACGGGUCUCCAACUCUUUCCUCUCCACCUCCGCUGCUCCCUGCACCAGCCAAGACGUCCCCAUGCCCUCUGGCCCUUCCGGCCUCCACCACAUCCUUCCGUUCAUCCUCAUCAUCCUCUCCUCUCCCUCCCCACAUCCCAGUCAUCAGCCUCGGCCACAGCAAGCCCCGUCUCCCGCUGCCGAACACCCCUCUGACUGCCCUCCACCCGAUUCCUAACCUCCUACACGGACCUCACGGGGACAUUCGCCGCAGCCAGCUGACCUGCCUACCUGUGGUCGCUCCUGGAGCUUCUGGAUCUUCUGGAGGGCCCUCAGCUGCCUCUCCUGGGCCCCUGCUGACCCAACAGUACCUGCCUGCACACCCUUUCUUCACAAGUUCUUACUUGGGUCCUUCAGGGGGAAGCUAUGGUGUCAUCAACAACAGCCGGAUCAAGAGGAGACCCUCGUCACACUUUGAGAUGGAGAUCAAUGAUUCAGGCCCUCCUCAGAAACUCGCCCGUCGUGUCUUCACCAACAGUCGAGAGCGCUGGCGACAGCAGAAUGUGAACGGGGCUUUCUCCGAGCUCAGAAAACUGAUUCCCACACACCCACCAGACAAGAAACUCAGCAAGAAUGAAAUCCUCCGUCUGGCUGUGAAGUACAUCAACUUCCUGGUCACUCUGCUCAACGACCAGGCCCAGGACAAGGGCAGGGACUCAGCAGAAGAGGACACUGAGGAGGACAGCACUGCAGCUGGGCUGGACAGCAACAAAUUAAAGCCUCUCUUCCAGUGCGACACUCUGCCUCCGACCCACUCUGCACUGCCGGUAUCAGCCCGUCCCGCCAUGGCUUCAGCCCACAGACACAGAGACUCGACCGACUCGGUCAUCGCCCUGGCCAAUUCCCCAGCAACGUCCAGUUGCUAUGGAGACACGGACAGCGAGGAAAGCUUUGGAACUAAGACCGCUUUGGUGACCCAUGGCAUUCUGGGAAAGGUCAAGGGUCAGAUAAGGAUGGUGGCGGCCACAAAUGAUGAGCGGUGAAGCCAAAAUACGGCACACAAAGAGGUGUGCAGCCGCUGGGAGUUUAAAUGUCACACUGAUGGACAGGAUCCACAAGAUUACAAAAGUGUUCAAGGAGCCAGUGAGGUUUUCUCCUCAAUCACCCUGAGCUCCAAGAUCAACUCCAAAGUGUUCUGAAUAACUAAGACAUGGAUUUUUGGUGGUAUUUUGCAGUUUUAACAGUCUCUGUGUCUUUUCCAGUAAUGUGCAAACAUUGAGUGUGAGGUUGUGUGUUUUAUUAAAACACCAAACUGUGCUGUGGGCCAGGCUGAGGCAUGAAACUUUACAGAACAUUCAAACCAAUUUGUCUGUCAUUUACAUCAAAAUGACCUCAAAAGGAGCAUUUAUUAAACAUUAUACAUGAAUGGACAAGAAGAAACAGUUUUAGAAAAGCUCAGGAUGGAUUUUUAGAGCUUCAAACUGUUUCCAUGUGUCAAUAAAAAUCUAAUAAUCCAGGAAAUUCAAAAUCUUCAAUUUGUCCUCUUUAGAUAAUUUAAAAGUCUGCUACUUUGUACCAGUCUUAAUGAUCUAUGAAGUUUACAUGUUAAUAAUGAGCAUUGCCUCAGUACAGUUAUGGUAAUUUUACAGUGCCACAUACUUCACUGUGCCUGCAGACAAAUACAAGGCAUGAAUUCUUGAUUUGAAGUUGCCAUUUUCAGUGUCCCUGCUGUUCUUUUUUGUCAGUGAAGCAGGGCCUAUGGUCCCACCCUGACAUUGUGACACACUUGUACCAGACAGAAAUAAAGUGUGUUUUAGUUUGCUGUUCCUUA